AUGAAAUAAUAAAUUAUUACAUACAAUUAAAAUACUUAAUCCUUUCAAAUCGAUCAUUCGAUUGUAAAUAUUGAUUCUGAAGAUUGCAAGAAUAAUUUCAAAUACUUUUUUGAAUAAUACUAAAAGUUUUAAGAUUAAAUUCAUAAUAAGUAUAAAUCAUUUAUAAUUAGAUUUCCAUUUUCAAAUUAUAUUACAGUAGCAAAAAUACAAAAAGUUAAGCCAAAUAAGUAAUUUCUAGACAUAUAAUACUAUUACGAAGGAUUAGAUGGAGAGUAAUUAGAUAUACCUUAUAUUGAUUAAAAAUCAAGGAUUGAUGAGGGAUUUAGAUGGGCAUUUCCUUUAGCAUUAUCUGAAAAAGAGAUGAACAAUUUGGAUAUUCCUAUAUUAAAAAGUGUGUUAUUUAAUUUAAUAGAAAUAUUCUAUUGGUCUGCUAAUUUUGGGUAAUUAUACUAAAUUUUAUAUUAGAUUCUUUAUUGAUCCCAUAGAAGAUUGCCUUUAUUAUUAUAAAGAAUAAGAAUAAUUUUUAUUAUUACCUACCUUCACAUUAAUUACAAAAUAUUUAUCAUAAUUUAAAGAAAACAAUUUGCAUGAAAAAUUUUUAGAAUUUAGACGCCAACAUUAUCAAAAUGCAGUAAAUAUAUAAUUUAAUUUAAGACAUAUUAUUUCUUACAAUAAUUUUAUUUACAAUUUUCAACUUAAUUAAAAGAAACAGAUGAAGAUUUAUAUUUCUUUAAACGAUAUUUUAUCAAAUAACUUAGUAUUGAUAAUUGGAACUCUCUAUUUAAAUUUGAAGAGUAUUAUAAAGGAGCUGAUUAUCUAUAUAAAGAUGAAAUAUUUAAAAACAAAAUACCUAGAACUAGAUUUAAAUAAACUAUGUUACUAUAUUAAUUAGAAAAUAAUUAAGAACUUUAAAAUCUAUUUGAAGAAUGUUGUUAAAAUGAUGCAAAAUUAAUCACUUAGAAUGUAUCUAAUAACACUAUUUUAAAUGAACAAUUCACUAAUUUCAUCAAGUUUUUUUAAGGAUUACCAAAAGAAUUUAAGUCUUAAAGUUAUGAGAUAUAUGGAUAAUUUAUGUCUAUUAUGAAUUAAUACAUAAAAUCUAAAAACUUAGAUGAAAAUAAAAUAGAUAUGGCACCAUAUUCUAAAGUUACUCUUAAUCAACAUAAAAUAGAUAUACAUACUAGUCAAGUAGAAUAAACUUAAACAACAUCAAUUGCAUGGUCUUCUUUAAUAAAUAAAACUAAUAAAAUAAUAGGAGAUGUUUAAAAUUAAUUUAUGCCUUCAGAAAAUUUAAUUAUAAAUUAUGUAAUCAUUAAGAAUCCAUCUAAUAUAAUCAUAAAAACACAAAUUUCUGAAGUUCAAUUUUCUAUAGAUACAGCAGAUGAUAUCAUUUAUUUAGCUAAUAUGCUCAUCAAAGAACCAACAGCAAUAAAUAUUCAUGUUGAUGAAGCCAGAAAAUUAACUUUAUCAACUUCAAUUUAAACGGUAUAUUAUAUAAAUAUUUAAGGCAAGUCCUAUGUAAAUAUUUAGAAUUUUUAUAAAAAUUUUUGAUAUCCUCUAAAUCUAUUAUCAUAUGAUACUUGAAUUUUAUCGUUAAAAUAUAUAAUUAGGUAGAUCUAUAAAGGAUAAGAAAUAUUAAUUAUUUGUUAGUGAAAUUUAACAUUAUGUAUUAGAUUAUGAAAUUGAUUUUGAUGAAUAAAUGAAAAAGUUUGAUCAAAAUAAUUAAGAUCAAAUAAAGAUAUAAUGA